AUGAGCUUUUUCCAGAGCUGCAAUGUCGAAGGACGAUAUUGGUUGAAGCUGCCAUUUUUUCCUGAAGAAAAUCACUAUUAUUACGAAGUGACUGUCGGAUUUCACGUCUUUUGUUUCGUCUCAUUCGCUUUCCUCUAUCCGCUCACGGACAGUCCCUACAUAGUGACGGGCAUUCAUCUGAUGGGUUUCCUCGAUGCCAUGAAGAGUAUCGUUGGUUUAAUGAAUGAUCCGAAAUCUUCAAGCGAUCAUCCGAAAAUUCUGAAGCACGUUUAUCUUCUUCACUUGGAGCUCAUCGAUAUGUUGAAGGAUUUCAAUCGCAUGAUGUAUGUGAUAUCAUUGACUCAAUUUCUCUGCAAUAUAUCGCUUCUAGUGUUCAUCAUGUCAAUUCUAAUGGUCACAUCGGAUGAAUAUAUAAUGUAUCUCUGUGGAUUUUCUGUGGUUCUUCAAGUGUUCGUUCUCUGUCUCUUUGGAGAGAUAAUUGCUAUGAAAACUGAGAAUAUAACCUAUGAACUGUGCCAGAUAAAUUGGUAUGAUUUACCAAUUCCACAACAGAGAAAUCUUCUCUUCAUUUUGCUGAUAUCACAGAGGAACUAUGCACUGAAGGCUGGAGGAAUGUACACUAUCAACAUGUACGCUUUUAUUCAGAUACUUAAGAUUGGGAUCACUUAUGCUGCUCUUAUGAGAACCUUUGUCUAG